AUGGCCCCCGGCCAGGGCGGCAAACGAAAGCGCCCUGAUCGCUCUUGGUCGAGCGAUUCGGCGAACAAUCAGGUUCCGCGGCCCUCGCCUCAUCGCCCCGGAACACUGAACAUGGCACAGCACCCAGGCCAAGGUGCGCAUCACGGCAGCCCGCAAAGAGACCAGGUCGACGCGCGCGAUCGAUCGCAUCGACCUGCCGGUCAUCAGGGCGGUGGGCGUGGUAACUCCCGCCGAGGCUCCUUCGAAGGCUCCAGCUUUUCGCAUUCUCAGAGCCGUGACACCAACGCCAUGUCUCCCCCGCGGGUGCCAUCAAGAGAAGGCGCACAGCAACAGAUGAUUGAAACACCAAUUUCUCAAUCAUCGCAAUCUCCAGCCCCCGUCGCCUCCGCUCCCUCUACCCCGGCUCCACAGUCACGAAUCUCUCCCGUGGCACGAACGGGCUUCGAGGUUCCCGCAAAGCAGCCCGCAGUUGCCUCCCGUCCGUACGACUACGAAUUUGUUACGGACAAUGCAAUUGCCUCAUGGGCGUCGUAUGGGAAGAUGUCGGUGAUCCAGCAGGGUGCGACGGCCCGAUUUGAUCAGGAUCUGGGACGCCUGGCUUCCAUCUUCCAGGAGCUGAUUCGAUCCGUGCUGUUCGGCCGCUUGCCGCCUUCUGAGGCUGGAAAUGCUGUGAAGGAGAUUAUUGGCAAUGGGUCAGCAUCUGAAGCCGAUGUUGCGACAAAUGACUUCGACUCGUCUUCACUCUUCCUCGAUACCCUUUCCAUCCUCACCGAUGCCGACACCUCCCAACCUGCUCUGAAGCCGCUCGUCAUCGCAACCGAGAUUUCGCCGGAAAUCAUGCGCCUUCAGCUAGACACCCCUCUCCUGCAGUCCUUGGGACUCGUCCGGGAUACCUUCGCGCGCAUGGGCAUUCGCAAGCAGACCAAUCUUCUCUACCGACAGUCAAAUUACAAUCUCCUCAGAGAAGAAUCUGAGGGAUACUCCAAACUUGUCACCGAACUGUUCACCACAAGCAGCAACGAGCCUCCCUCGAGUGAGGUCGUUGAGGAUACCUUUGAGAGGAUCAAAGCCAUGAUUGGCGCUUUCGACAUGGACGUCGGACGAGUUUUGGAUGUGACUUUGGACGUCUUUGCUGCGGUUCUUGUCAAGCAGUACCGCUUCUUCGUCAAACUGCUGCGAGCUAGCUCAUGGUGGCCACAAGAGGACAUCAUGAAGCAUUUGAAUAGCCCUUCUCGAGCCUCCGGGCUACCUAAGUGGGCGCUGCCUGGGUCGACAGGCUGGAAUACCACCGAAGAAGAGCGAGUGAGUAUCCACCAGGCCAACGAAGAACGCGACCGCCAAUUUUGGGCACGAGUACGUGAAGUUGGCAUUCGAGCGUUCUUUGAAAUCGGUCGUAAGCCAAUCUCAGACGCCGAGAGAAGAGAAGCUCUCCCGGAGGGCAACCACCUUUCCGAUGACCAAGAAGCCACCCGAGUCUGGAUUGACGAGACCGGAACAUUGCCACCUCAAGGUAAUCGAGUCGCAGCGCAACUCCUCGGUUUCAAGCUCCGAUUCUAUUCUUCCUCUGCCCGGUCAAAGUCGGAUAAUUUACCGGACAACCUUAUCUAUCUGGCGGCUUUGCUCAUCAAAGUCGGGUUCAUUUCUCUCCGAGAUCUCUAUGCUCAUCUCUGGAGGCCCGAUGAGUUGAUGGACGGCUUGAAGGAGGAGAAGAUGAAGGAAAAGGCCGAGCGAGAGAAAGCGGCGCGGCCUGGCGGUGGCGUGAAUGCUCUGAUGCUUGCCGGUGCUCUGUCCGAUGACACGCUUCCCCCGCUUCCUCGACUUCGUGACGCUGAGUCCCGGGUAGCAACUCCAGGCCGCGAUCAGGAUGCCGAGAAACAGGCGACGACCAAACCCGAAGAGACUCUGCCUGACCCAUCUGACCAAAAGGUGCUGCUUUUGAAGAGUCUACUUGCGAUCGGCGCAGUCCCAGAGGCCUUGUUCGUGAUGAGCAGGUUCCCUUGGCUGAUGGAUGGUUAUCCUGAGUUGCCGGAUUUCAUCCAUCGCAUUCUUCACCACUCCCUGUGUAAGGUUUACACGCCACUGCGGCCCCUGUCCGAUUUGAAAGACGUUCCUGGCCACCAGCAGAUGCUAAGCUCCGACCAGUCUGGGGUUUCCAAGGGGCAACUUCGCCUGACCGACGCACAUCCUCGACGCGUGCUUCGUUGGGCUCAACUUGAUACAGAAGACACCAACGAGGGUAUCGCCUACCGUUUCUACUGGGAUGAUUGGGCGGAUAAUAUCCCUGUUUGCCAAUCCGUUGAUGAUGUCUUCAGUUUGUGCUCUUCUUUCCUGAACCUCUCUGGUCAUAAGAUAGGCCAAGACGCCAGCCUUCUUACGAAGCUUGCACGUAUUGGUGUGGACAGCCUCUCGAGAGACGACUCGGAAUCGAACAAAACGCGCUGGCACGAUCUUUGCAAGCGACUGCUUCUGCCUGCGAUAAGUUUGACCAAACAUAAUCCCGGUGUUGUCAAUGAGGUAUUCAGCCUCAUCAGCAUAUUCCCCCGCGAAGUUCGGUACAACAUGUACGCUGAGUGGUACUCUGGCCAGACGUCCAGGUUGCCUGACAUUCAGUCUGCGUUCAAACAAGCAACGGCAGAAACCAAGGAUGUGUUGAAGCGCCUCAGCAAGACGAACAUUCGACCGAUGGCUCGAGCUUUGGCCAAGAUUGCCUAUGCUAAUCCUGGUAUUGUCAUCAAUGUUGCCAUUGGUCAGAUUGAGUCGUACGAAAACCUCAUCGAGGUGGUUGUCGAGUGUGCUCGAUACUUCACAAACCUUGCCUACGACAUUCUGACUUGGUCUCUAAUCAAUUCACUUGGCCAAAAGGGCCGAAGUCGAGUGCAAGAAGGCGGUCUGCUCACCAGUCGCUGGCUCAAUGCCUUGUCCACUUUCGCCGGUCGAACAUUCAAGCGCUACGCCGUAAUGGAUCCAGCACCUCUGCUUCAAUACGUCGUGGAGCAGCUGCGUCGUAACAACUCAACAGAUCUGAUUGUGCUUGAGCAAUUGAUCAGUUCCAUGGCCGGUAUCAUUACGGACACGAACUUCAACGACGCCCAGAUCCAGGCUAUGGCAGGCGGUGAAGUCCUCCAGGCACAAACGAUCCUCCAGCUUCUGGACAAGCGUCAUGAGUCAAAGACCACCUCAAAGCGGCUUUUGAAGUCUUUGACUCAUACUCGACUUGCUGGCCAAUUACUUGUUGCUAUCGCCCAGGAGCGGAUGACAUGCAUUUUCAACGAGUCAUCUACCGAGCUCAAGCUUCUUGGCAAUGUCUUUGACGAGAUCCACCGUAUCUUGACUCAGUACCUUGACCUCCUGCGUAGCAACUUGUCUAUUGAGGAGUUUGAUACAUUUGUACCCAACUUUUCUUCUCUGGUAAAGGAGUUCGGUAUUCAACCGGAGAUUGCUUUCUGGAUCCGUCGCCCCAGCGUUUCUCGAAAGAUUGCCGAGAGCAACAUGGAAAUGCCGAAGAGCGAAACACCUGCUUCGAACGAAGCCGGCCCCGAAGCCCAAAACUCUCACUCGGAUGACCACAACAAGAUGGACAUUGAUGAGACUAGCGUGCCAACGAAGGCCAAUGAGAACGCGGAACAGGCGGAGAUGGACAUUGACAAACCGCAACAGCCCAACACAACGACAUCCACUUCUUCUAACACGACCACACAUAUCAGCAAUCCGAUCAUGCAGGAAUUGAUCGAGACUGUCCAAUCUUCUUUACCAAACGAAACAUGGGAAAGGGUCGGCGCGCACUUCUACGCCACUUUCUGGCAGUUGUCUCUCUACGACGUGCAUGUUCCCGAAAAGUCCUAUGACGAGGAGCGGCGCCGCCUGCAGAAACGCGUCACUGCGCUCAAUAAUGAUCGGUCAGACCCGAGCAUGCUCGGGAUGCAGAGAAAGGAUCAGACACGCCGAAGUUUGAAUCAGCUCCAAGACCAACUGCUCUCCGAGUUGAAGGCCCAUACCCAAGCUUACGCCCAGACUCGAGGUCGACUGCAGAAAGAGAAGGAGCGUUGGUUUACCCAUAUGCGCUUGAAGUACGACCCGCUUAAUGUUGCACUGUUGGAGCAGUGUUUCAUUCCACGCUUGCUUCUCUCCCCGGUUGACGCUUUCUUCUGCUUCAAAAUGCUCAAGUUCCUUCAUCAUUCUGGAACCCCGAACUUCCGCACUAUGGGUCUCCUCGAUCAACUUUUCCGAGAACAAAGACUUGUUGCUCUCAUAUUCCUUUGCACUUCCAAGGAGGCAGACAAUCUGGGUCAUUUUCUCAGCAAGGUUCUGGACGACCUGAGUCAGUGGCAUGCUAACCAGGCUGUUUAUGAAAAAGAGGCCUUCGGAUCCAAGAGAGAUCUGCCAGGAUUUGCAAAGAAGACCGAUACCGAUGGCGUUCCCGUUCUAUUCCUGGAAUUCGAAGACUUCCGUCGUCUUCUCUACAAGUGGCACCGCUUUCUCAACAACGCACUGCAGAUGUGUCUCAAGGGCGGAGAAUACAUGCACAUUCGAAAUGCGAUCAGCAUCUUGAAGGCUAUUGUUCCUUCUUUCCCCGCUGUCAACUGGAUGGGUAUUCAGUUGCUGGAGACUGUCAAUCAGCUCAGUAAGAGCGCUGAGCGAGACGAUGUAAAGAUCCCGGCUGCCUCUCUUAUUGGGGACUUCAAUCGACGGUCAAAGAAAUGGAUGCUUCCUCAGCAAUUCUACAUCAACGACAGCAAUGUGCCUGACGCACAUGACAAGGCUCACGCCCAGCCCGCAAAGACCGAUGCAUCUCGUCUACAAUCUGCGACUCCUGCGUCACUGAAUGCUUCUGCACCCGAAUUCAGGCCAGUUGUGCAAGAUACCGCGGAGACUUCAAGACAUGGUGCUACCGGCAAGGCCGAAUUCGAGGAUGGUGAAAUCGAGGACGCGAAAAUGAUCGACGCGGCACCGGCCCAGGGGGCCCAAGGAACUGUGCCAGUUCGGCCCCCGUCCAAGUCAGCUGAAGAUACUUCCGAGAUCGAUACUAGUGCGACGAACGAGCGCUUGCAGGUCCCUACGAGUGAUCAGCGUGUUAAAAGGGAUUCAUCGCGAUCACGACCUUCCCCAAAUGCUCCUGAAACAGCCCGCCAACCAGACAUUCCAAAGCGACCAGACGUCGAACGCUCUCUGCCUAUCAACCCACGUCAACAGGCUCGUCUACCUCGGCACAGUGCCACUGACACCAGACUGCCACUCCGUCCAGAUCUGAUGGAUGAUCGGCGCGACAGAACUCAGGAUUUCAAUCCCAGGACUCGUCAUGCUGGUCCGGAGCAUGCAAGACAUGACGCUGCUGGGGUCGACGCUCGAGGCCACGGCCGCAUGGGUGAUCGAGAUCGAGAUUUCGGUAUGAGACCACCUCCCAUGGAGGACGCAAUGCGAGGUCCCCCGUAUCGCGAGGGAGCUCGUCCCCCACGCGAUGCAGACUGGUCUGGUGAUCGUCCUCCAAGACCGCGGCGGGAAUCACUCCACGGUCGUGAGGGCGGUCCUCGUGGGGAUCUUCUGCCCGAAUUCCCCGACCGUCCGCUGGCCGACGCUACUCGCCGUGUCGAUCAACCUGUGCGUAUGGAGAAGGAUGAUCGUCGCCCGUUCCCCCAGCGAGGCCAGACGCCUCCGCGUCUCGAUCUCCCAAAUCGUCCAGAACGGUUCCCUGAUGACCGUAGACCUGCCAGUUUCCCACAACCUGGUCUUGCAACUGGUGAAAUCCCACGGGGUCCACGUGCGACUCAUGACCAGACUGGUCCGGAUAUGACCCACGGCCGCUUGCGACAACCCGAUCAGCCGAUGGAAAUCCCCUCUGGGCCUCGACAGCGUAACCGGGGACGGAAUGCGCCCGCCCAGCAGAGUGCUACAAGCCAUGGAAAUGGCAGCGGCAAAGCUCCUACCCCCGAGCGACAGGUUCCUACAGGUCCUGGGCGAGGUGGACGUGGACCACCAGAGCAGCCUCCUACUACCCCGGCGGCCUCCGCAGAUCGUCUCGAUGUUACAGGCAUUCAUCCAGAUCGACUCAACAAUAUUGUUGAUACUGCUCAGCCAGCAGCUUCGCCAGCAUUGACUCCUCGUGGUGGCCCGGGUCAGCAGCAGCAGCAGCAGCAGCAGCCCCAAGGACCCCGUGGACCCGGUGGAGACCGAGGACGUGGAGACAAGCGUUUUGCCGCCAUUAACAAUAUGUUACAGCAGACAAACAGUCCCACCGAUCGCAACAUUAACCCGAUGACACCACCUGUUCGUGGACGCGGCUCAAAUCGACAGGCCCCUGCUUCAAACAGUGGGUCGCCUCGACCGCCUACUGGUCCCAGCAUUUUCCCUGAUGACGAGGUCCAAUCUCGCAAUCGUCCUGAUAGUCGUGGUGAUUUGAUGGACGAUAGCGCCACACCUGAUAUGCGUCGGUCCGGCCGAGGUGGUGAUCGGGACAAGAACCGGGAACGAGGACGUCGCGCUGGAGGUGGCAGUGGUAAUGCCGGCGACGAAAUGGGGAAUGCUGGAAACCGCCGCGAGGAUCGUCGUGAUCGCGGUCGUGAUUCGGAUCGUGAACGGAACCGUCGAAGUGACGUGGGUGCAAAUGUAGUCAACAACCGUGAGGAGAAAGACCGCGAGCGCGAACGAUACCAUGAACCUCGUGAAAACCAACGGCGAAAUCAAGGGUCGCGCGAAGAGAUGCGCCGUCGGGACCGACGAGAUCGCGAUGAUGCACCUCCUGAUAUGGGCAGUCAGGCCGCUGCUGGUAUGAAUCCUUAUGACAUGCGACAACCGCCUGCAAUGGACGCGCCUCCUCCACCACCGCCCCCGCCUCCCCCUCCUCCUAUGUCUGGAGAUGACAAUAAUCCUCGUCGCUGGGGUCCUGGCGGGGAUCGAGGCAAUCGUCCAGAGAACCGAGAUCGCGAGCGCGAACGCCGAGACCGUGGACGAGACCGGGAUGGCCAUCACCGUGACAGUGGCGGCGGGUCCACGCAUCGCAAGAGAGGUCGGCCCAACAACCCCGAUGAAAAUGCAGGGGGUGACACGAACGGCCGUGGACCCAGGAUGGGCGGCGAUAACAAACGUCCUCGUCGUGGGCAGUAG